CUGCUUGUCCUCCUCCUACUUUUCCCGCCGGCGGCCGCCUCUUUCGAUGUCGUCCUGGCUUGGUCAUUCUGCGCUCAACCUGCUAGCCCAUUUCGUUCAUGUUGCCUUCAGUCACUUGCCAUGAAGGCACUGCCAAGGUUGCGACUGGAAGCGCGAGUGCGACAGACUGCUAAUCUCGUUGAGCAACCCUUGACACCACGACAACUUACCUCAGAGGGACCUGACGACAGAAACGACAACAUCAUUCAGAUAUAGGACGGACGGUGGCCAAUAAGACGAGACCAGCACAAGCUGUAACAUCUCGCACAUGCGAGACUAGUGAAUUAACAAAGCAAGCCGGUACACCGCCCCCCAGACCCAACAACAAAACGAACUGUCGUUACAUUCUGGGUGCAUUAGUAUCUGCCCGUGGCGGUAACCAAAUAAGGGCGUCAAUGAAUAGGUUUGCGUUCCGUCAACUGACAGAAACAACAACAACAACGGCCACGACAAUAACAACAAUAACAAUAACAAACUGAUCUGGACAGUGUAAGACUGACAGCGUGCCUGAUAAGCAAAAAUAGAAAAUUGAUGACCGAAUGUGUGCUUUUUCCAUGUUGUGUAUCUGGAUUGUGACACGAUUGGGUUAACCAACGUGAGGUAUCUUUUAACGUUUUAUUGUGACUCAAACGUGACGAGGGAUAUGGACCCUAAUGGCCCUCUAGACGUUCACGGCCGUGUUGUUUGUGAUCGUGCCCUAGCGAAGGGCACUCCAUUAGGACCGCUCGGGCCGUUGGUGUCGAAAGGAUCUAGCCCGGGAGGCCUUGAUGCGCUGGCAGCGAUUGCGGCCAAAGCAAAAGACAAUUAUCCUGACGUCGAUAAAAGCACAACGCUGCCUCUCUCAACGUGUCUGCUAAGUGGUGAUCAUUUGUGGCUCCAAGGGGUGCGCACGGCACGCUUUGCAGAAGAGCAGAAUGUCGAAGUUUCGAUCAUUGAUGGGCAAAUCCAGUUCCGGACAAUUCGCGAUAUCCCACCAGGCGAAGAACUUCGAGUUUGGUUUGGCGUGGAGUUCGGCCAGAUCCUUCGGUUGCCGGCAUUCGCCUCACUCGUUCUACCAGAUCGUGAAAAAAAGUACCGUUGCAUUUUCUGCGGAACCAACUUCAACUAUCCAUACCCGAUGAUUGGCCACAUUAUGUACCGGUGUCCAAUUCGAGAUUCGAAUCAAAACACGCAAAGCAAGAGUCACGAGCCAACGCCGAUGUCUUCACCCACGCCGCCAUCUCCCCCUGUCCUUUCACCACCGAGCAGAAUGAUCUCACCCGGGCUUUCCGGAUCGACUCCGAAUUCCCCCUCUACGACGCCUCCUAGUUUAAGUCCGGGUUCGUCAUGGGCACCCUCCGCGACUGUUCUGCCCAUAAUUCAGGCAACGCAGAAGACGAAGCGCUUCAAAUCGUUCGAUAUUGCUACUCUAACGGACGAAGGUGAUGGAGAGGAAAUGAAAAAAAUAAAAAGCGAAGAAGAAGUUAGUACGGACGCCGUAAUAACUACGCUGAAUCUUGGAAUGGGUCUCAACAUGGGCCUCAACAUGCAUCAACCAAACCCAGGUCUUUUAAAUUCAGCUCAGUUGCCCGGUCCGCAUCAUUUCUCAUCGUUUACACCUAUCGGGGCUUUGACCAACUCGGCGGCGAUUUCAACACAACUACCUUAUCACGGCAGUAAUGGUAGCCUUCCCAAUACAGUGCUUUUUCCUUUGACCGCUCCUACAUUACCACAAGCCGUUUCACCACCGUCAGCAUCUGCAACAACAGCAGCAGCUGCUCCGUCGAAACCACGAAAAGCUGCAAAACGCGCCAAGGCAAGUCCAUCGCCUCCUGCGAAUGCCCCUGAACAGGCAGCUCAAGCUGCUUUGCUUUCGUGUCUGCCCCCUUCACUGGCAGCCCUUUCGAUGCCGUCACAAAACUGGUGCGCAAAGUGCAACACGACCUUUCGUAUGACCUCCGAUCUCGUCUACCAUAUGAGAUCGCACCAUAAACGUGAAGGGGACCCAUUAAAACGAAAGAGGGAAGAAAAACUCCGUUGCCUCAUUUGUCACGAAACCUUUCGGGAACGACACCAUCUUACAAGACACAUGACGAGCCAUCAAUAGAUUAACCAGAUGGAUCGGUGGGUGCACUGGCAACAAUCACCUUGCAUAUAAAUCCGGACUUCGUCCACUUGCCCCGGCAAAAAGUGUGUCGUCUAGAAGAAAAAAGAAAAAUGUGUUUUUCUUUAUAUUGGAAAAAACAAACCAGAUUUAGAUUGCCAAUUAGGCGCACAUGCAUGGAGGGUAAGCUGUCCGUUUAAAAACAUUUGAUUCUUAUCGAAUCGGGUUGAAUUCUAUAUACAACCUGUUUCAGAGCUUGGUUCCGCUAAAAAAGGCGUCCUCAAUACGAAGCCAUCUGUUUCAGAACCUUGCUCAGGUGCACGAAUAAGUCUUAAAAUGUUUCCAACACCGUUAUGGGAUUUGUUCUAAGUAAAAAAAAAAUAAAUCUAAAACGAUCCCUAAUGGAAACAUUUUUUUUUUAAAUUAACACAAGGCCGGUGCUCGAAGCACUACUACCUUGUUCGUGCGUUGCCUCAUUUAUUCAUUCUAAAUGAAGACUGGUUACAUGAUAAUCCAAAUUUCGCAGUUAACAGUUUUAUGUUGCUUAUUAAAAUCCAAUUCCUUCUUCACCGGCCCUGUGAAACUCACGUCUUAUAAAUGAGACCGAAGUACACUUAAAACUUUGCUCAUAAUUUUUUUUAAAUAGCUGAAUUUUUAAGUAUAUUUUCUGCUGUUGACUUACUGUGAUUUGUAGAUACUCAACUGCAUAUACAUAAAUCUAUGACAUAUAACACGAAAAAACAACCCUGUACAGUGCAAAAAGCCUAUCCAGUAUCGGGUUAUUUAUUGAUGUUUAAAGAAAUAUGCAUUGUUUGAUUAGCCGAACACGUCAGAAGGCAUAUGUAUAAAUAUACAUGUAUUUAUAGACAUAAAUCCAAUUUGCGAAAUCUAGAUGCACAUGGUUCUGUUAACAACUCAAGCCAACAAGAUCUACUAAUCUGCUUUCUAAAAUUAGCUUUAAACGAAAUUUAUUGUUUACCAACAAAAAUGAAAGGUCUCAAAUUUUGCACGCAGUAAAAGCACACAUGUUCGCCUAUCUGUCGUGAACGGCACGUUAAAUAGUUCUGUCAAAUAACACACGUAAGUAAUAAACUUUCUGGUGGUGCUUUUCGAGCAUGUGCAAACGGAAAUGUCUCACAUAGCAUCAUUAAGACAAGCAUGCAACGCUAACGGCAAUGACGACGACUAUGAGGCGAGAUCUAUAAAGUCGGGUGGCCAUCAUCACAUAAACAAUAAAAUGUCAUAGGGCAUUGUGUCCCGCCUACAGUCGUCAUACGCAGUCGUGUAGGAAUGAUUUCCCCAGGUUUCUCCGAGCCUUUGACCGCAAUUAAGCUUUACUUUAGGUAGCAUGUGGGAAUCUGACUUGGAAGCAUGAAAGUAAAUAACGACAGACAACAUUAUAUCGAUCGCAUGCGGCCAGUACCGGCGGUGCCCCGUUGUAAGAAAUAAACAUUGCAUCAGAAUAGCAGAUAUGAAGGAGUACACCUAUUCUCUACCGGUAUAGUCUGCCGUAUAACAAUCGUCAUAGAUGGACAUAAACAUCACCCUCUCAAUCUCGUCCCUUCAAAAUAAAUGAAAAAAAAAACAA